UUCACAUUCACUUGGCUACUUGGCUAUUUGUAAUUUUCGUCAUAGAUUCUAUCACACAGUCUACUCAACUAAACUCCUGCUGACUGGAUUACCACAGCAUUCUAGUCUGGAAGACAUACCUGACUGAACCUUUCAUCUCACGUAUCGGCGGAUACGAACUCAUUUACCGGACCAUCGCUGGCUCGAACGCCAUUAAUCCUGCAAAGUUGUUCAAGACCAUCAUGACACCCCCUCCACCCAACACAGUCCCGCCCAUUCAAACAGGUGCACAUGGACAUCCAUUGAUGAGGAUCCGCCGACCGAAGGUGGCGGACCCCCUCGUACGACCCAAGCGAAGGCCGUUAACGAAGCCGUCUACUCUGACAUCCGCGAUUGGUGCCUCUAAGCCCUUACCGUCCAGACAGCCUGUAUCCGGCACCUUGUCGGCGGCUAGGUCCGACAAGAAUAAUACUCUCAAACCUGGAAAUGACUUCUCUACAAAUGGAUUUAGUGGCCCUCUUUUGACCGAGACAUUCGUCGAUUAUCCCAUCGUGACAACGAAACGAGCGGUCAGAGAAGGUCUUAAAUAUCACAUUGCGAGGUUUUCAAGCAAGAAGUCGGUUGAUCCGAGGGAUGAAGCCCAGUUCACUCGACCUGUGAGGCUUCAGCGUCGGGAUCCAAGGAUACGCUCGCAUGAAACAUCUAUGGAAAAAGGCUUGAGCAACCAGCACACUGGCUCUGAGUCCGCAAAUCAGGGCGAAGAUGCUGAGCGGGAGGAGUUGGAGGCCAGAAAAGCUGCUCGAGAGAAAGAACGCGCUGACAAUAUGGCUCAAAUAGCUCCCUCCAUGGGCUCGGCGCCGAAAAGACUUAAUGCCCCCAAACAGAAGACACAGCAAGUCUCCAGGACCGAUAUGACACCAGAAGAAAUCGCCAGGACACGCAUCAAGUAUGAAGAAGCAUUGCCGUGGCACUUGGAAGAUUUCGACAAUAAGAAUAUAUGGGUUGGAAAUUAUGAAGCUGCUCUUUCUGAGACCCAUGCCGUAUUCAUACUCGAGAAUACCGGGCAAAUGAGGAUGUUACCCGUAGAAAAAUGGUACAGGUUCAGCGCAAAGAACCAAUUCAAGGCUUUAACCAUCGAAGAAGCAGAAAGAUUCAUGGCCAAGAAGGUCAAGGAUCCGAGAUGGUUCAUGGAGAAGCAACAAGAACUGGCUCAGCGCAAAGAGCUUGAACAGUUCGCUAGACAGCAAAAAGUCUACGCUGGGAAGCAGGGUACACCUGGCGGUGCUGAAGGGUUGGAGGCGGACGACAUGGACUUUGAAGAGGACCGUUUCGCGGACGAUGAAGAGCAUGACGACCUCUUCAACGAAGACGAGGAAGCAAAGGCGGCAGAAAAAAGGAUUAAGCAGGAUCAGCUCAAGGCCAAUGUGUUCAACCUCAAGGAGGAGAAGGAUUAUGAAGAUGAAGAAAUGAGAGAGAAGAGAGAGAAGGAAGCGCGUCGCGUACUUGGGAAGAAAGUACGGAAGGCACUUCAGAAAAGAGAGAAGAACUAUGAUUACAGCAGUGGCUCGGACAUCAAUCCCUACUCCGAUGAAGAGAGCUCCGAUGAUAGCGAAGCAGAACGGCUGAAGGAAGAGGAUCGCAAGGCCGAGGAGGAGAAAGACAAGAAGGAUUCAUUUUCUAAGGGUAAUACUACACCAUCAGGUCGAACGAAGCACACCGACCCUUUAAUGAAGAAAGUAGCACCCCGAAAGCGCCUGGGAUCUCCCUCUGAUGCGAGUGGUACCGAUUCCUCUCGCAAGAAGGGAAAGAGCAAAUAUGCUACUUCGCAUACCUCGCAACCUACAUCUGUCUCUGCCACAUCCUCAGUGGCGCCUGCAAGCAAAAAACGUGUUCGCCAUGUGCCUAUAGGAGGGGCAGGUUCUGCAAGCGAUUUGGAGGGUGGUGCAGGGUCUGGUGGUGAGGUAGGCGAAAGUGGGAAGAUAAAGAAAUUGAAGCUCAACCCACCGUCGAUGACCCCACAGAGUGGCACGCCGCAAGGAUCUAGGGCUGGCAGCCCGGCUCCGUUGAGUAACAAGGGGUUUUCGGGAAGUCGUGCGAAUAGCCCGGACUCGUUGAGAGGCUCAACGCGUAUCCCUACACCAGGACCGUCAAGCAUUGCUCAGGGGUUCCCUACACCCGCUGAAAUCCAUGCUGCUAUCCCAUCAAAUGGCAUCUUGAGCAGCGAUCUGCUGAAGGUAUUCCGUCCUCGCAUUGGUGAAUCCAAAGAGAACCACAGAAGAUUCAUAGCUAUUGUCAAAGAUGUUGGGGUGUAUGGAAAGGAAGACAGGCUCUUGAGACCCGGGAUAUUGAAGGAAGCCUAGAUUUUUGAAAUGCUCCGCGAUCCCACUUCCUCCAAAUGAGCACCAGCAUUAUGUGACGACUAGCAAGCUAUUAAAUGCAAAGAAUGACAGCAAGAGCAAUCUUUCCCUUCGUGACUCCGGAGUUGACGUGUCGGCAGGCGCAGGCCAUAAAUCAUAUUUCAAUGUUCCUUGACCCUCUCCGCUCUACAUUAGUACUCAAACUGACAAUAGGUGCAUGCACGUCGUGACCCAUAUUGGUUGAGCAGCAACCACGUGGAAAUGGCUUCCAAGGUAGGGAUACGGGAUCGUUUCCAGCAUCGGUAUGAGCAGAUAGCAGGACGCGAGCAGCCUCCUAUCAUCACUAUACUCCUCGGAAACGCUCACUUGAGUAUGUACAGACGG